AUCUCUGUCAGAUUUAUGAACAACAUGGAAAAGAGAAACCAAACAACUUUUCCAGGAUUCCUUCUUCUGGGACUGACAGAAGACCCAAAACUGCAACCUGUCUUGGUCAGCUUGUUCUUUUCUAUAUAUCUGGUCACCAUCCUGGGAAACCUUCUUAUAAUCUUGAUUUCCAUCUCUGAUGCCCAUCUUCAUACCCCUAUGUACUUAUUUAUCUCCAAUUUGUCCUUAAAUGACAUCUGUUUAAGCACAAGCACAAUCCCAAAGAUGCUGGUGAACAUAAAUGAAAAUAGUCAAAGCAUUACAUACAAAGGCUGCCUCACUCAAAUGAGCUUUGUUUUAAUUUUUUGUGGCAUGGAAAACUGUCUCCUUGCAGUAAUGGCUUAUGACCGCUAUAUUGCUAUUUGUCACCCCCUACGGUACACAGUCAUCAUGGAACCCUGUUUUUGUGUCCUGCUGAUUCUAUUGUCCCUGCUCAUUAGUGUUGUUGAUUCUUUGAUGCACAUCCUUAUGGUGCUCCGACUGUCAUUCUGCACACACCUGGAAUUAUCAAAUUUCUUCUGUGAACUUCCCCAGAUUCUCAAGUUGGCCUGUUCUGAUACUCUCGUUGAUAACAUAUUGAUCUAUCUUUCUGCAUGCAUAUUUACUGGUAUUCCUAUCUCUGGAAUAGUUUUUUCUUAUGUUCACAUAAUAUCUUCUAUUUUGAGAAUGUCAUCAUCAGAAGGAAAGCACAAAGCCUUUACCACCUGUGGGUCUCACUUGUCAGUUGUAUCCUUGUUUUAUGGGACAGCUUUUGGGGUAUAUAUUACAUCUAUUAUUAUGGAUUCAUCCAGGAAGACUGCAGUGGCAUCAGUGAUGUAUACUGUAGUACCCCAGAUGCUGAACCCUUUUAUCUAUAGUCUGAGGAACAGGGACAUGAAGGAAGCUAUGAGGAAAUUCUUCAGUCAUUUGGCUUCUUUUCUAUGA